AUGAACUUGUCCUUAUACGCCGUCACCGCCUUUCUCAUCAUUGACACGGAUGGCCAUCGCGUGUUGGCGAAGUACUACCAUCCCAGAAGCCAUCCCCAAGGAGAGUCCAAGAAACUCACAACGUUGAAGGAGCAGCGUGCGUUUGAGAAGGGUCUAUGGCAGAAGACAAAGAAAGCCGGAGGCGACAUCAUUCUAUUCGAUUCACAUCUGGCGGUUUACAAGCACUCGCUAGACCUUAUAUUCUAUCUCAUUGGUGACCCAACCGAGAAUGAAUUGAUGCUGCACUCUGCGCUUGUUGCUUUCUCUGACGCAGUCCACUUACUUCUGCGGAACCAAGUGGAGAAGCGCGCGGUGCUAGAAAAUCUGGACUUGGUAUUACUGUGUCUAGACGAGACUAUCGACGACGGGAUCAUCGUUGAGACGGACUCGACCACUAUCGCGUCACGAGUCAGUCGGCCAAGGGCAGACACGACGGAGAUUGUCAUCAACGAGCAGACGCUGCUGAGCGCGUACCAGACAGUGAAGGAAAAAGUGCAGCACCGGAUAGGACAGUUGUAA